CGGAAGCCCGAGGAGAGAGGAGAAAGGCGCUGAGUCAUCAGAGAGCGCCGCACCCCUGAAGCCGGGGAGGCGGGGCGCGUGAGUCAUCAGAGAGCGCCGCCAUGGAGCCGGAAGCGAUGGAGAUUUUAACUGGGGAUUCCAUUACCACAUGCCUUUCUCCGUUAGUGCAUGACUUGAUUUGUAACCUUGGGUUUGAACUCACAGAAAUUUGUGAUAUCAAUAACAUUGUAACUCAAAAUGGCGAAGUACUAUGGAAAGCAAUUACAGACCGUGUGAGCUACUCGGAAUUAGGGCAAAGUCUGGACUAUAGGAGAAGUGUGCAGCAGUUGGGUCCUGUGAGUGAGGCUAUCCAUCUACACAUCUCAUCUCUCACCAGAGUACAGUUUGAAAUUCGAUAUUCACCAUGGUACCAGUGGACAACUUACCCAGAGUUGUUUCUUGAGAUAUUUGAUGCCUUGGAAAGCUCGCAGUCUGCUGCCAUCUCCCUCAGCGUGAUGAAACUAGCUGCCUGUCUGGAACGAGCUUUAGGCGAUGUAUUUUUACUGAUUGGGAAAGAAUGUCCCUUUCUCCUAAGAGAUCUUCUUGCAUCUGCAGAGCUCACACAAGUCUUUGGACAUGCCGUGAUGGACGUCCUGAAAGUCUUCAUCGGGUCUCCCUGUGGACUCAACCUGAGAAACGUCCUGUGGCACGGCUUUGCCUCCCCUCACGACAUCCCUCCGAAAUACUGCUCUACCAUGUUGCUGUUGACGGCAGGACUGGGUCAGUUACUGAAGAGUUACCUUCACCACACCAAAGUCCCACUGGCACAUCGACCUUCUGUGACACUCGCAAACUUAGAGGAUGUGAUUGUUUUUCCCGGUGUGACUUACGAGGUACUCACAGCAUUAGAGACAGUAAUGAUGAAAUCCAACUUCCUAUUAAAAAUUAUGUUGCCAUAUUGGGAACUGGCAGUGAGCAAGUUCAAGUCCCACAGGUUUGCCGACUGCGCCAUGUUGUUGCUGUCACAGCUAGAAGCUGGACUCAGGAGAGUUUUUGCUGCAGUUAACAAAUGUCCUGAGAGACUGCUCACAGCUGAGUCAACAAUUCUGUAUACCACGUUUGAUGAAAUACUGGCACAGCACAUGGGUGACGGUAGCAUCAACCAGCUUCCGGGUCUCCUUGGAGAGCCUGUCAUGGAAUUCUUGUGGGAUCUCCUGAACUCUCAGGAGGGCCCUCGCAUCCGGGAUCGUUUAAGCCACGGGGAGAUGAACCUACGAGAAUUCCCAGAAGCAGCGGCCAGCCAUCUCCUCUCCUUCUCCUUGGUGCUCCUGCUCAGAUUCACCGAGGAGGACACACUGUCGGAACUGAAGGAGGAAGCAGCAGUACAGUUGCUGGUCAGUCUUGCAGAAGGAUACAGGUCCCGCUGCCACCCAGCCUUCCAGCUUCAAAAGCAGGUGCUGAACUGUGAGAGAAGCCUCAGGGUGUGGCCUGUGCCGCCCUUGCCAGAAGAGUGUUGUCAGGAAGUAGGCAGAUUGGAAGGUAAUUCUGACGCCUGUGACUGCAACUCUUUAAUUAGCAAGAUUCUGUGUGAGCUCUGCCGCUACGUGCCCGGGAGUGCCUGUGCUGCAAAUGGCUUGGUCGGGCUUCCCUCGGAGAAGUGGUCCCAGCUGCUCAGUGGACUCUGUAGCACACGCAUUCCUACCCUGUUCUGCCCCAGAAUCGUUCUAGAAGUCCUAGUUGUGCUCCGAGGCAUCAGCUUGCAGUGCCAGCGCGUGUCCGACCAGGUCAUCGCCUCCUUGCAGCUGAGACACAGGCAAUGGGUGGAGCGUAGGUUGCGCUCAAGGCAGCGUCAGAACUAUGUACGCAUGCUCAGCAGUAUUGGGCUUCUGCGUGCCGUGCUUUCCCUGCUGUCAUUGCUCCUCGCACUGGAGUUGGUCAGUGUUCACGCUGUUCAUGGCAAAGGCGCUCAGGAGCAACAGCAGUAUCUGAGGUUCUUAAAGUUGGUCCUACAGUACACUGAGAACCUAGUGGUCUAUACCAGCCGAGAGAAGAACAAAUGGAAUGAAACCAUCACUUUUACACAUGCAGUUUUGUUAAGAAUUUGGACUUUCAGUGAGAAAAAACAAAUGUUAAUACAUUUAGCCAAAAAACCCCACACAAAUAAAGUUGAUACAAGCUGAUAGAGAAAUCAUGAAUCAAGCUAUUUUUGUUUGUGACACUGAGCUAUACAGGAGGCCUUGGUAGCACUUGGUGGCAGCUGCACAUCUUGUCUGUCCCAUUGAAUUUUACUCCCCACGAUCCCCAACUCACAGUCAGCCUCUGGAUGAAAGUAAAAAUACCAAGUUGCUGUUCAAAACUUGGGAGUUAAUUGUUCCCUCAGAUUUAGCAUCUUUAAAGGAACAUCAUCUCCGUGGUGCCCUCUCUCCAGUGAGUCACAUAAAGAACACAUGGUCCACAGACAGGUUAUACACUUCAAGGACAUCUGGUUCUCAUGCAUACAGACCUGUCCUUGUGUCAUCAGGAGCACAGGAUCCUGGAUCCUGUACUGCAUCACUUGAAGGGAGCGGAACCCACAUGCAUGAAGAUAUGUCCUGCGUCACAUCAGAGAAACAUAAUUCCUGCGCAUGCCUUUCUCAGCCCGUCACUCCAAGGACACGCCUGCCUUUCUGUGUGUCGUCACUUGUUGCGUAGCAGCAAGGGGCACAGGAGGUCUGCUCUGUUACCGUAGUGCGGAAGUUGAUAGCCAUCCCAGAAGGGCAAGGCCAGAGUUUGUCCUUUGAAAUUAAAUCUUCACACUUCAGCGCAAGCCAUCAGGCCUUGCUCCGAACCUGCCUUGUUAAUUAAGUGAUUUUUAAAAACAUUUACCAUGA